ACUGGUCUCCCAGCCUUCUCUUUCCAAGGCGUAUUGAGUUGCCUGUCCGCUUUUGACUUAACCCACACACACCUAUCACAAUUUCUGUACCCUCCAAAUUGUUUCAGCUACAAGAUUGCAACCGCCAUGUUCGCGACCAACUCCUCCUCACCAAGCUUAAGCAGCGCCCAAGAGUCCGAUAUCUCCCCACAAGAUCUCCAAGCUCUCAAAGACUACCUCCGACAAGACUGCACCCCCGUCUACGGCACUUCAAAGCACAUCGAAACCUGCUCAACGACACCCAACCUCGCUGCGACUCACCCAGUCGAAGAGAAGAUCAAGCCUGGUCCACUCAAGACCGCUGCAAAGCGUGCUCCCAAGGCCACUACCAACAACACCACCAAGGUGACGAAGAAGCGGCAAGCCACAACCAAAAAGACGCAACGCCAGCGCAAGACAUCUCUCACCUCAGUCGCUUCUCCGCAACAAUCCACUCCGCCCCAGCACCGCAGCAUCGAAGAACUCCUUGCUGCUAAUUUCUACAGUCUCAACAAGCAGGAGAAGACUCGCGUUCUCCUCCCAAUGCUGCGCAAUAUCGACCCACACAUACUCGAACCUUCCCUGGUGGAGCUACUGCGUGUACAGGCAGAAUGCACGGAUCAGGUUACAGGCUAG